GGUGGGGGAGCUUUAAAGAUGGUAUUUGCAUUCAGCCACAGUUUCCUAGCAACCAGGAAAAGUCAUCCACUCUUAGGAUGUCUGCAAGCACCAGCCCCAGCCACACUGAUGCACAAGCAUCCGCAGAAGCUCAGGAAGAACAAAAGCCCCGCAGUUGAGGGAGAAACACAAAACACAGAGGGGCAAAUUCACUUGUCCAAGGUGACACAGCUACCUGGCGGCCUCACAGAGACUGUGACUCCAGCCUCAUGUCUUGCAGGUGCAGUAUAAACCACGGAGAGCUGCUCAGCUGCAUAAACCUUUAACCAUGGAGAGAAGGCUCGUAAAGAAAGAAAUGAAAAAGCUGCUGGGAGAUUACAUUGGAAUCAGACUCCGGGAAAAUGAAUUUGACCCAAAAGGAAGAAGGCAACUCACCUUUUUAGAUGAGAUGGCACACUAUGACCUGGCCAUAGGCGUGGCGCUGCGGUGGCUGGAUCGCUCAGAAGACCUUGCUUGGCUGGAGUGGGAGGACUUGAAACUGCCUCUUCACAGCAGACGUGUGUAUCCAAACUAUAGAGAACGGGAAGCAAUGAUUUUGUCAUCUUACGCUGGAAUCUUAAUGAACAGUAUCCCAAUUGAAGAAGUCUUUAAAAUUUAUGGGGCCAAUUCUUCUGCCAAGUCUGGCACUACAAAGGGUCUCACUCAAUUGCUCAGGCUGGCUUCCAAGUUUCCAUCCUCCUGCUUGGUCUCCAGGGUAGCUGGGAUUACAGAAGUGCUCCACCAUAUCUCGCUGUAAAACUGCAUAGUAAUAGCAAACAGGUUUUGAAAAUUUUUUUACUAGUCCUUGUCUGUAGUACAUAAUAAUUACAUUUGUCCUGGGGAGUUGGUACCUGCACAUGAGACAUAAUUUUUAUUCUUUUUGUGUGUGUGUGUGUGUGUGUGUGUGCUCCAUCCCUUCUGUCCAGCUCUGGUCCUUUCAACUCUUGAUCCUUGUCUUGGUUACUUUUCUCUCAGUGCUGAGACAAAAUACUUGAUGCCCAAAAGGAGGUAAGGAAAGUUUUAUUUAGCUUACAGGGUUUUUUGAGGUUUCAGUCCAUACUCAGCUGGCUCCAAGGUAGGUGGCAUGGCUGAGGGCAGCCAUUCAUGCGUGGCGAGGGGUGGGAAGCGACACAAGAGUGAAAAGGACAAAAGGGAAAGGCACACAACAGAGAAGCAAAAAGUACAAAAUGAGCAAGUUUACUGAGUUGAGGAUGUGAAAAGGCGCACACAACCCACGGCGGCUGGCCUGUCUCCUUUGACCAGGUAGAGAGGCAGAGGGUUCUAUGACCUCUGAUUGGAAGUGGUGCAUGGGGCGGAUAUUGAUGACAUGUGAGGAGCUGAUUGAAAUUCUCUACAAACAGGAAGGGGAGUUGCAAUUAGGGCUGGAGAAGAAGGAGGAAGUGGUGAGUGUUCCCACUUUGGCCUUCUGCCAUGUUAGACCACCGCCAUCACUGUACAGUACUUUAUACUAGGGCAAGAACCUUUCAAGCUGUGCUUGUUAUUGCUGUAGGAUGGGAUUAUGUAUUAUGCAUUUAUAUGUGCAAGGCAAGUCUCAUGUGGAAGGAUUCUAAAGCCUAGGUGCUUGGGUUUGAAUUCUCAACUAACUGCACACGUUACAAGCAGAAUAAUCUUGGGCAUAUUUCCUAAUCUCAGUUGCACUUGCAAAGGCAGGAAAAAGAAAGUAGAGUUGUUGUGGGAUUAAAAGAAUUCAUAUCAGUGAAACCUUAAUGUUUAGCAUUACAAUAGCCUCAAAAUAAAAGCUAUAAUUAAGAUCCCAGCACUCAGGAGAUAGGUAUCUGGGUUCCCCCAGGGCAGGAUUUCUUAACAUUUUGAGCAGAUUCUUUGUUGUGUCCAGGGGUUUGGUGUUGAUGUCCUCAUGUAAAUGGUGAGAUGUUCAGCACCAGCGUGGCUCCUGCCUAUUGGAUGUUAGUAGCUUUUCUCAAGCUGUGAUAAUGAAAAAUGUGUCCAGGCUGCCGCAUGUCCCCUCAGAGAUAAAAUCACAUCUACUUAAGAACUAGAGCUCUAAUUCACCCCAAAGCAAGCUCCUGCCAUUGCAGCUAUGAUUCAAUUAAUUGCCUAUUUUUAGGCAAUUAAUUGUCACAAAGGCCAAGGCUUAAGGAACCAACUGAUGAAACUGAGUUUCCUUCCCUGUGAGCGCCACAGAGUCCUUCUGGACUCAAGAAUACCAGCUCAGGGGCUAGGGAUUUAGCUCAGUGGCAUAAGUGCCUGCCUUAAAAGCAGGCAGUCGUGAGUUCAAUCCCCGGUACCGAUAAAAAGGAAAAAGACAAAAAAAAAAAAAAAAAAGAAUGCCAGCUCAGACUCUCAGAAACUCUCUGCUACACAUUAAUUAUACUCAGGCAUCCUGUGGGUUUGGAAUAAGAAAUUAGCAGGACCUCUCAAGGGAAAUGUAGCCUUUCAAAAAUUAAAUGAUAAGACUAUUUUAAAACAGUUUUCUGGGACUUUUUUAAAAAUGAUUUUGAUUAGGAGACAGUUGUUUAAAAAAAAAAAAAAAGACAUGUUCCCAGAAGUUUCUCCCCUGCCGCAUAGAUCUAAAUGACCUCUGAUUCCUUUGGAUAAAAGACCUCCUAAGUAAAGCUAAGAUCUCUCUGGAGCAGAAGCUUAAAGCCCUGCUGAAUGCUAAUCAGAUUGUGUAGCUCUUCCAAGACCGGACCGGGCCACAUUCCUCAACGCAGUUGCGCGCUCAGGCCGGCCGCCUUUCCAGGGCUGUUUGCUGCCAUCUGGUGACAACAGGCACCACAGACACAAUUGUCUGAACUCUGUGGUCCUUGGGCGUUUUCUGUCUACCGAAGAGUCUGGACUCUAAGAAAAAAUUCAACCAAGGCACUUAAGUAAAUACAGGCCAUUUACAGCUCACUUCCGGUAACUAUAAAAUGCCCUACUCCAAGUAAGUUGGAGAAAAACCAUAAAUCUUCCUUUAACCAAUGAAGCAAGCGAUGCACAGCCUUUGGCUCUAUCUGGAGACAGAGAGGUAAAAGAAAGGGAAGCAGAGAGGGAACAGGGGCAGCACACAGGGCACGUGGGAACCUGCUUUCCUUCUGUCCUCCUGAAGCCACAUUCCCAGGAACCCUGGGCCUUCACAGAGUGACAGCCCCAGACUUUUCAUUUGUCAUUUUUGUCAUUUCAAGAAAGGGCCUCACUAAAUUGCUGACUCACCCAGGAAGGGCUUGAGGGUGUGAUCUUCCUGCCUCAGCCUCCCAGAGUGCUGGGAUUACAGGCAUGUGCUCCUCGACUAGCCUGGGUCUUCUUUUCUUGGAGGAUGCUGGCUGAGGCUGGAAUUCAGAAAUGAAAAAGUGGUUUCAUGAUAAGGAGAAAGUCCUAGGUUCUAAAUAAAAACUCUGCAUUGACAGAUCUUAAUAAUGCGGAAUAAGCACUUUCAGUAUGAAUUACGUCCCCUUGGGUUGAAGCUCAGCUUGUAGAUCAUCCACAUCAACUUUGUCCAAAUUAAAACCCUGUAUAUUUCUAGUGCAAAGACCAAGUAAGCACACUCACCAAGCACAUCAAGAAAACCACUUUACAGUUUCACUGCUAAGCAAUACAUUAUUUAAUUUGCAUAGUUUAUAUUAUUUAAUUUUGCACAUUUUUAAAUUUUAUAUAAAUAGAAUAGUAGAAAAUGUAUCAUCCUAGGGCCUUGCUUUUUCAUUCAACAUGUUUCAGAAAUUUAUCCACAUAUGCAGAGCCACAGUUUAUUCUGCCUUAGGAAUACAUCAUGAUGUAUUUAUGGAUUCUUCUGUUUUAGAAAUUUGGGUUACUUUUUUUCUAUGUCUCCACUGCACAACAAUACUCCAUAUAAAGCCAAAUUAUUUUUUAAAAUAACAGUUCUCAUUCCAUAAACAGUGUAAAUUAUCUACACUGAUAUUUCAGACUUUUAAAGUUUUGUCAAACUGUAUUAUGGCAUCUUAUCGUGGUUUUGACUUCUCCUGAUUACCAAUGGACAAUUAUUGCUAGAUUUUUUCUUCUGGAAAGUGCCUGAUAAAGUCUUUUGUCCAUCUUUCUGUUGAGUUAUUUGUCUCUUUUUCUCUAGUAAUGUGGAGUCUUGAUUUUUGGAGACACUACUAUAGGACAGAAUCUGUCAAGUCUUGGAUUUUCCAAUACUUUUCCCACUUGAAAUUUGCUCUUUUUCAUGCAUAUUAAAAUGUUUAGAAAAUAUAGUUGCAGCAUCCCAGCCACAUUUGCAAAACUUAGUCAUAGACAGUGCAAAGAAUCCAUUUUUCCACACUACAUGACCUGCUAUUAUUUUGCCCAGUCUGCUUUCUGUAAAUACAUAUUCAAUUGCUUUGACGCUUAGGAUCUGAAAUUUCCCCUUCUGUCUCGGUGACAUCACAAUAACGUUUUAGUAAGUUACUGCUCUAGGUUGACAGAGGUGAUGAUUUUUACCUCCGGGUGGUGUAACCCCUACCCAAGGGAAAGUUUCCCAUAUGCUUGUAUAUAUCUUCCCAUUCCCACCUCCUUCGAGCUAGAAGCAAUUUUUACUAAUAUGCUUUGGCAUUAGUAAGCACAGGAACUGAAAAAUAAUCACAAUAAUUCUUUCACACUGAGACAAUGAAGGGAUUAGUCAAUAGCUUUGGAAUUAGAAAGGAAAUAUGAUUGGGAUUUAAAUAUCAUCCUAGUUUAAAAAACAUUUUUUUUUUUUUUUUGUAGAAAACAUAGAGGAAGCUAAAUGAACAGCUCGCAUGAGUCAUCAGAUUAUCAGGACUCAGGAAGGUUCACAGAAUAAUCAAGUUGGAAGAGACCUUUAAAAUCCAUAGUUUCCUCCUUUCCCAGUGGACAGGGAAAGUAGACCAUAAAACACAGACCUUUAUCAAGAAUGACAUUUAGGCCAAUAUCCUUUCCCUUCAUCUGGCACACUUUAUCCUGAAGGGCUGUUAUCGCAGCCACAGUGCACCUAGACUGAAUCAAAGUCUCCUUGUUCAUUACACUCUGUGCUGGAGCAGGACCAUUUUGCUGAAAAUACUGUGUGCCUCUUGGGCUAGAGGUCAUAGUUUGUGCUUACAGUUCACUGUUUACCACACUACACAUGAAGGAAGUUCUCUCAAUAAAUAUUUCUGCCAUUUGAAUAAAAAGAGGAGGUGAAAUUUGGUA